UCCAGGAGAUGGCCGUAAGGAUGCGGGGCAAGGAUUCCUCCCGCUGCCUACUCCUCCUGGCCGCGGUGCUGAUGGUGGAGAGUUCGCAGCUCGGCAGCUCGCGGGCCAAACUCAACUCCAUCAAGUCCUCUCUGGGCGGGGAGACGCCUGCCCAGGCUGCCAAUCGAUCUGCGGGCAUAUACCAAGGACUGGCUUUCGGCGGCAGCAAGAAGGGCAAAAACCUGGGGCAGGCCUAUCCUUGUAGCAGCGACAAGGAAUGUGAAGUGGGAAGAUACUGUCACAGUCCCCACCAAGGAUCGUCGGCCUGCAUGGUGUGCCGGAGGAAAAAGAAGCGCUGUCACAGAGAUGGCAUGUGUUGCCCUGGUAACCGCUGUAACAACGGAAUCUGCAUUCCAGUCACAGAGAGCAUCCUUACCCCUCACAUCCCAGCUCUGGAUGGUACCCGGCACAGAGAUCGAAGCCAUGGCCAUUUCUCCAACCAUGACCUGGGAUGGCAGAAUCUAGGGAGACCACACACCAAAAUAUCACACAUCAAAGGGCAUGAAGGGGACCCCUGCCUGCGAUCAUCAGACUGCAUUGAAGGGUUUUGCUGUGCUCGUCAUUUCUGGACCAAAAUCUGCAAACCAGUGCUGCACCAAGGGGAAGUCUGCACCAAACAGCGCAAGAAAGGCUCUCAUGGGCUGGAAAUCUUCCAGCGGUGUGACUGUGCGAAGGGUCUGACUUGCAAAGUAUGGAAAGAUGCCACUUACUCUUCCAAAGCCAGACUCCAUGUGUGUCAGAAAAUCUGAUCACCACUGGGGGAAAAAAAUCCGCAGUAACAGACUGUGAAUCUGUGUAUUUAAUGCAUUAUGGCAUGGUGGAAAAUAAGGCUUGGAAUGCAGAGGAAUGGCUGGAGGGAGGGAUAGGGUAAGAAGAGAGAUCACAGACAGAUAAAGGAAAGGAGAACUAACUGGAUCAGAAUGGGCGUCUUUCCAUUAUGCAAUUUCUUUCUGUAAAUAAUGUACACAUUUGUGAAAAUGCUGUUAUUAAAAAAAAUAAAAAGCACACAGUGGAAAUUACUGACAAAUACCAUGUGCCUUUCCAGAAGCUAAGAAAGUUCCUUUAAAUUGCUGAUUACUUACGCAAAUAAUCUAAAGCUAUAUUCCCAUUCAGAGUUAGAGUUUCACAAAAUAACUCCAUGAUUCCUUGAUAUCAGAUAAGCUAAAACAUGAUGAGCUAAUAAACAGGAAGUGAAAACAUACAACAUAAUUAAUUUGUGUAGUUAAUUUGAAACUCUGACCACUCAAUUAAAGGUCUUUGGAGACAAGAUUUUAAAAAGCAAUCAGUAUUUUUCCAUGUAAUGUUAAGAUCAUGACAGAAGUUUUUCAAGGCCUUUAAAGGAAAUCAGACUUGCUUAUCCUCAAAUUGCUUGUUUCCAUUUUUAAUUUUUUAAAAUGUCACCUGUAUUUCAUAAGAAUCCCUUUAAGACAAAAACAGAUCCUUAAUUCUGAAGCAAUAACAUUGUAUUUAUGCUGAUUGGAUGCGAUUCCUACUGUGAAUAUGUAUGUUUUCUUUUCCAAACCUUACAUAUUAAUUGUGACUAGUGCAAUACAUGCACAGUGCAGAAUUUUCAGAGAUUGCAAAAAAAAAUAUUAAAGAUGUCCAAAAUGAGUGGGAAGGAAAGCUAUUUUUAAACAGCUUUGAUGUAACCUACAUUUUAUAGAAGUUGACUGGUAAAUACAUUUAAGUUUUACAUGCUUCCCAGCAGAGUAGAAUGAAACAGAUGACAGACACUUGGGCAAUAGAUAGCUGAACCAUGAAGAAGGACAGUAAGGAAAGAAGGGAAGUUGCCCUCAGAUCCUUUGUCGGAAGCACACGCUGACUUAUCAGCUUUGAGGCCAGAGGCAACACAAACUAAAAUGGAAGUUCUCCAUGGAGAUUGCUACUGGAAUAUUGACUAUCCAGAGGAGAUCACUGUGAGGUUACUUGCCCCUUCUAUCCCCAAAAUACUUAUUUUAUAUUUUUACGGUUGUAAAAUAACAUAGGAGAUUUGGCAAAUGGGACUUGAAAGUUGGGAGAAAUAGGAUAUUCCACUGCCCUCCUUUAGUAUUUUUUUUCUGCUAAAUAAAAUGUAUUUUUAUCUUUAAAAAUACUGUGCAAGUAAUUAAAAGAUUUAGUGCAAUUAAUAAAACUACAGACACAGGAGGUCUGUCAAUACCAACCAAAUGAUCAAAGUAAAGGCAAAAUGCACCUAUCUUAUUGAUGUUUGACAUUGAUUCUUUACAUGUUACAAAUAAGUACAAAUUAUUAAGAUAUUCUAUCAUGUAAAAAACAUGUGAAAACAUAGCUAAGGGAAAGAAAUCUAGAAAUUGGAGUAGAGUGUCCCAUCCUGUACAUAAAUUUGAAUAUUUUGCUGUAAUUUAAGGAAUUUGCCAGGAGUGUUGCAGGAAGAGAAGCUAUUUCUUCUUAAAUUCAGUUAUGAAUAAACAACUUAGUUAUAGAUGUUCUUCACAAAGAA